AUGUAUCUCGCGAUUGGUGGAAAGUCGUCGGUGGAACGACUUGGCAGGCUCGGUUUCGGCAUCGCUGUCAGAGCUGUCUUCCGGGACCGCGAGGGGGCUGGGGCCCCCGCGAGGGCUCCUGCGGUGCUCCCGCAAACCUUCACUACCGCCCGAGGAGGCCAUGCCAUGUCACAGCUAUGUGCGGCUCAGUCUCACAUGUUUGUUGAGUCUCACACCAUCGCGCGACCGCCCGGUUUUCUUCGUAUUUAA